UAUUUUUGUCAGUGAGAAUGUAUUUUCACUUUAACCUUUUUAAUUAAAAAAACUUGACAAUGUCAAAAUAUAUUUGCUAGCCUGCUUUGUUUGAAUAUCGGUAUUUGGGAUGGCCAUCGUGAAGUACAAAACUACCUACCUUAAAGAAGAAUUAUGUCAAUCAUUUUGCCUAACAACAAUAAUUAACAAACAAAUAUUUCUAGUUGUGCAACAUAUUUUUAAAUAUUAUUAUAUAUAAUAGUUCAAAAUGGAGGCUGAUGUUAGAAACAACCUUCCAAAGAGUGCAGAGAGUGUUUGGUUGUUAAUGGGAAAGGAGUAUCGAAUAUCUAGAAGUAUACGUUUACAAUGGUUUUUCCAGCAUCUGAAUAGCGCCGUCACACCCAAAUCUGAUGAAGAGAUUGUUAAUUCAUGUGAAGAGUUAGAGGUAUUGUCUGUUUUACCAACCUUGAACAGUUCCAUGGAAGGUAGUCAGCUCCUUAUCACACCCAACACAAGGUUGUCUUUUGUUGGGCGAGAAUAUCGGUUUGUGUUUUGCAUAGACAUGAGUCCAUCUUUGGCAACUGUGGACACUGAAACUGGCAAUGUCCUAUUUGAUGACAUGUUUGCUGAUUUACGAAAUGCUCUCACUGGACUCGUACAACCUUUUUGUAUACCAGGAAGUUCGCUUGUACUGAAGCCACGAUUGCAUGUCACCAUCCUCGCCCAUACAUCUAUUCAAGUAAAGGAGUGUCAAGUUUUAGUUCAAGGUUAUUGUGUGGAUGAAGGAAAUAUAAAAUAUUUCUUAUGUCAGUUAAAAAGAAAAUUGGCUGUAUUGGAAAAUGCUGUGGCAGAGGAAAUUGCAAUGCGUAAUUCAGACAUGUCUUCUGGAGUUAAGGGUAGCGGCAUGAAGAAAACAGAGACAAAUUUAUUUUAUAUGAUAAGAGAUGGCCUGGUUGCUCUUCAGUUGUUACCAGAUGGAGCCAGUGCAGGCAUCAUUGUUGUAACUGAUGGUGUGUUUCUGCUGGAGAAUGCUGUAAUUGGCGAUGCUUUGCUUCAGCAAGUUCGCCAUUUGGCUGCUGUUUGCUCGUUCUUGCAAGUUGGCACUGGUUAUAGAAGGGCUUCUGUUGAAUUCGGUUAUGUACCUCAUUGUGCUUUGAUGCAAUUUAUUGCCACAGCAACUUCUGGCGCUUAUCUAGCAUCUUGUCCUCUGGCAUUACCAACUGAAGAAUAUGAGAUGAAUAUGUACCACAAGUCUUUGUUUUGUUGGAAUUUCCAACGAGACAUAGAUCGUGAUAAGAUUGAUUCUUAUCAAGAUUCAUCUGACAACAACACACAUUUAUUAACAUGGGCAGACAGCAUGUGUCUCACCCCAUCUCAGAGGGAUGUUUCUCUAUCACUUCCACCCCAACCUCAACAAACAACACGUUAUAACCAGCUGGAUUUACAAACAAGACUUUCAAGUGUAAUUGCACUUCGGUCAAGAGAAGGAUAUAUUGCAGAUGGUGUUAGAAUAACUAAAGAUAACACACAAGUUGAAGUUAAACUAGUGUUGCCUUGGAAAGAGCAUGUGACAAUUGAAUACAUUGCAAAAGCUGCAUGGCCCUUCGAUUCCUCAAGUUACAUGACUCAAAUUCUGGUUAAUGUGAGUGGACCAUAUGAAUUUUUGGUUGAUAUUACAAGAACAAAACCCAUGAACCAUAAACCGUUAAGAAAAUCUGUUCUCCAGAAAUUUGAUCAAACCAUGAAAAACUUGGAUUUUUCUGACCAGCUUCUGGUGCAGUUACAAUUAUUUCCUGACCAUCCAGCUGCUUCAAAGAUACCUGAGACAAUAACAAAGGGUUCACCAUUAUUUUGCUUCUCGCCAAGCUCAAAUGCACCAAUAUUAGCCCUGCAAUAUGGCAGCAAAGCAAAGAAAUCUUCGAAAUCACCUGAAGCUCAAUUUGCAAGUUACUGGAGACAUGUUGUCUGUAUGGACACAAGAACAUGGUCGAAGUGGUUUCAUUGUCACCGAAUAAGCAUGUUGCCAGAGCAUGAUAGACCAAUAACAAAAGAUUUAUUCAUUCCUACAUCCACUGGUCACUAUCCACCACUCCACUGUCGAGCUUCAAUGUCUGCUUUUAAUCGCUUGUUAAAAGAAUGGUGUUCAUUUGUCUUGCUGGAGAACCAUUCAUACGUAAAGUUUAUCUCAAACUCACCAGAGGAAAGACCGUACACAUUUUGUUUGCUGCGUUUAAUUUUUAAAGGUCAUUGUAUUGGUUUGCGGUUAGCAUUUUUAGGCGGUACACCGGGGAAAAAAAGAAGUCAGAUAACUGAAGACUUCAAAAUGCAACUGACAAAGUUAACUGCACCUAUACAUAAAGUUAAUGUAAAAGAUGAUAGUGUGAUGGAAUCCUCUUCAAAGUACAAUUCAAGCGAAUCACUGUGUGUCAUAUUUUUGACGAAACUAUUUGAGAGAAUUCUAGUCAAAUAUGAUUCAAUUCCCGAUGAAAUCCGUUGUGGUGUAUCUGAAUUACAAGAGACAAAAAUAGUAGAUGAGAAGUUGAACCUGUCAACAAGAGCUUCACAACCAGCACCGCGUAGUGUUUUAUCACAAUAUUUGUUUAAUCAAAGAUGGGUGUGGUUAAUGGGACCGACAGAAAACGCUAUGUUAGAAGAAAAAGACAUAGCUCAGAUGCUCGAAGCUAUCAUGAAGCAAAGGUUGCAUGAAGGUUUUCAUUUUUGCAGCAGCAACAAGGGAAUUAUUAGUUUAGUGAAAGAAGUACAAGUUGUGGUUGAUUCAUCUGAAGACAACAUGUCGAACUGUAGUGUUAUUCAAUAUGUUAUAUUCCCUCCUCAUAACCAACUCAUACAGAAAAUCACACCAAAUGAUGAUUCAGUGGAAAGUGAUCGCAUUCAAGAAGUUGAGGGCAACUUGCAAAUGGUUAUCGAGGUCUGGGUUGAGCCCCAGGUUGGAACAAUGGAUGUUCAAAACUCUCCGCUAGAUUACAUUCAUGGUGUUGAGUAUAACAAAGUACCGGAAAAGAUGUUUGAGGUUGAUGCACAAAUUGUUACAGAAAUAAGCAGUUAUAUAUUGAUACACAAAUCAUGCGUUGUCAAAUCGAUUAUAAACGACUUUCCGGAUGAAGAUACAGUGUGGCCAACGAUACCAACAAAUAUUUUUAACUCUUCUUCAAUCAUUGACAUUCCAUUUUUGUUCCAAAUUUUACCACUGCUUUAUAAAUCAAGACUAGUUCUAAGCAUGUACCCUUUAAUGAAGAGCAUACCUCAAGAUAAUUUGCCAGCUGACACAACCGAUCAAAAUGAUGUGCUACUAAUGUACCUGUCUGGUACUCUGGAGAGAUUGAAUGAUCACAAGCUCAUCCUUCGUCCCAAUGAAAACAAACAAAUUUGUGAUUUUAUUAAAGAGAGAUGUGUGCAGAACAAUAUGAGGAUAUGGAAUGGUGAUACGAAUGCACCUGUUUUUAGACAGCAUAUUGAGGAUGUUGAAAUCAACUUGCAAUGUUAUUUAAAAUCAUUUGGUUCACGUCUUAUUAUAAUGUUUACGCCAGUGAGUGUAAAAGAUUUGAGUUUACUUCUGGAACAACCCAAAGAUGAAAUGCUUACAGAUCGAUCAGUAUCAGUAAACAGUGAUCUUCCAUCAAACCCAACAUUAGUUGGAAGGAGACACCUACCAUUUUUUAUUUUUGAAUGUGAGUAUCAGAUGGUGAAAAAAAUUCCACAAACAUAUGCAUGCUAUGAUCAAGACAUCUUGCAGGAUUAUACGCAAGCACUUAGUGAAAGUGCUCUCACACCUCGCCACAUUAACCAAAAAUUGCCUGAAGACAGAUCAAGAGAAAUAGCUAUUUUUUGUCAGGCUUUAUAUGAUCAUUAUUUCUGGGCACUUGUUAGUGGCGUGUACAGCUGUUUGUUAGGGGGUUAUAUACUAGACGCAGAUGAUGUGGAACUCUCUAUUGAGUUAGUAUGCGAGGAAUCAAUUCAAGAAAUUGACAUUACAAACUUUAUUCAAACUAUAUGCAGUCAUUAUAGAACGAAUACCUACAGCAUGGAUGUGUUUGUUUCAGAGGAUGUUUUUGACUCAAUCCAUGUUCCGCUGAAUAAAAGCUUGUCCCGCUUAAAGAAAAGAAGUUCAAGUGGCUCGUCAUCAAUAUUAAGCAGCAAGACGUCACUUAAAUCAAAGACUAAGGAGUGUGAAAACAUUGCAUUGCAUGAUGAAAUCAAAGCUCUCUUUAUGGAGAUUUUAGAACAAUACUUUCAACCUGUACCUAACGAUCCCUAUUUCAUGUUUUUCUCCAAUACACUGAAUGAAAAUGUUGAAGAUGUUCAUAGUGAUGAUCAGGUCGAGGCUUCUAGUGCACGUAGUUCAAUCAGCCAUUCAACUGACCUUGAAGAGACAGAGAGUAUAUCAACACCUUGUACAGAAAGCGACAACCAAACAGAUGAACUGGAAAGUCUGCCAGCAGAUGCCCUGGAAGUUAGUGAAGUAAACGAUGGCCAAAGACCUUUGUUUUUGCAUUUAACCUGCUCUUGUCACUAUAAGAGUCAAGUUGGCAAUACCAUUAGACCAAUAUCAGUUACCACUCUUCCAACAUGCCUUGUUGACAUACUAACCAAACUUGAUGAUUUUGGUCGAGACAUUGAUUGUUCUUCCAAAGCAUUUUCAGUUACAUUGGAUUUGAUCUGCCUUACUCAGCCAAGUGAGCCUGAAGAAGGCAGUGAAUGGAAAACACCAAAAGAAAUUGUGUUACAGAGACGAGAUUCUUGUGAUAGCUAUUAUUCUGCCCAAUCACAAGACUCGGAAAGGCAAAGAAGACAGAGGUUAUUAUCACAACUUUCACAAGAUGAAAGUUAUGCUCAACAUGAUUUAGCAGAUACACUGGAUAUCUUGCCAGUACCACAGCGUUUAGCAAUGGAAAAGACAAUGACUGAAAUUAAUUGGUUAUUGGAAGACGAAAUAGCGUCUGCAUUACGAACGCAAGGACCUGUCACUGAGAAAAACUUAGACAAAGUAUCACAACAUGUAAAAAGUUCAAAAGGCUUAGAAAACUGUAUAUUCGAGAGAAGAUAUUUUAUGUUUGUAACAGGAAUUGAAAAAGCUAGUGAUCACUGUUUACCGCUGUUUAUUUGUGAGCUUGAAAGCGCAAGGUUAGGCCGAUAUGAACUAAGUAGGGUUGGUAAAUAUUAUUGUGUUGUAUUAAAUCCUAAUCGUGAUGAUGAAUCUGAUACAGAAAGUGCUGUAAUGGACGAUGUUAAAGAAAGAGGGAAGACAAAAAGAAAAGGGCUUGGCCAUAGAAGAAGUCAAUCUGAUUUUACAGCCAAUCGUCAACACACGAUUGAUAGAAUUGAGCUGAAUGAAAGCAUGGUCCAAGCAUCAAGGAGUCACAGCUUACCAUCAGUUUACUUGACUUCUGAGAUGUUUAAUAUCGAUAUGAGUAGUCAGACCACAGAUAAUAUACUUAAUCAAACAACACAUAUGUGGCAGUCAGCAUCGGAUAUUAAUCCAGUAACAUCAUGCUCUAUUGACAGAAAGUCAUCUUCUAAAGGAGAUUCUUCAGCAUCUUUAAAUCCUGAAGAUGAAGGAUUUUUUAUACGCAGAUGCAUGAGCUACACUGAAAAGAAUACUGAUGAACAAUUAAAAAUAACUAGAAGAAGUUUUAGUCUUCCCAAUUUACAUCUGUCAGGUGAUCAUGAUAAAAACAUCAGUGGAGAUGAAGAAGGGGAAAAUAAUGAUUACGAUUCUGUUGAUUCGGACAUGUUAGAUAUUGUAUCUACAAAACAGAACACCAAAAACCAGUUAAUAAGUGAAGCUCUGGAUUUUGAGGAAGAAAGUAAUUUACACCCACAUCCAGAUUUCUGGCUGUUUACUCACAUUUCAGAGGAGUCUGUUGAUGUGUAUCUUCACCGUAGACGUGCAGAAACAUUAAGAAACAUGGAACAUCAUAAAAGUAUAUAUGAUCGUUUGUUGGAUGUAAUGGAUCAAAUUUGUAAAAUUGUAAACCAGCGUAUCCUGCUUGAAAAUCUGUACAACACAAAUCAGUGUCAUAAUUUGUUGAUCGCUGAUGACGAAGAAAGGCUAUGGGACACAAGUGAAAAUGCUGGAAGUGAAAUUGUUUUUGUAAAAGGACGAGAAAACACAAACACGCCGUUUGGCUCAGUCGUCCAUGGUGAAUAUAAAUUUCAACCUGGUUAUUUUGAAUGUGAGCUGGUUUGGCAAAAAAACAUUCCUAUUCACAGCCGCUUGACUACAACCACAACAAUAGGUGGUGCAUCAAGAGGUUUACUUGCAGUCAAGAGUGUUUUAAUUCAGUUCCAGGUCGCCAAUCGUCAAAACCUUUUCGUCAUUCGAGAGAAUACGAAUAAUGUAUUUUAUUUCAGAGUUAAUGAGGGCAGCCACAAUCGUCAAAGCUCGGCAGUAUCUCCAUUCCCUGAUGAUGAGCAUUUGUUUACUCCAGUGCGUGAGGAUUUAAACCAUCAAUCCCGUGCAUCGUCACUUUCUUCGCUGAUUAUGAAGCAAGAAGAACACCAAGCUUUUAAUCGUUUUGACCUCGAGCGUCAGGAAUCAUACCAAUCAGGACAGUAUAUGUCAAAAAACGAAGACCGUAUAUCUGCAUCCGAAGUUUCAUUGCAUAAUCAAGGCAUGCAGGACUAUGUGAAUCUGUCCUUUUAUGGUAUUAGAGACCCUGGUUCUGAAAUUAAAACAGAAUUAAUGCAGAUUGUGAUAAAAAAACUUGAUGUGACAACAUUAGACUUGAUAAAUCAAUCACUUGCUCGCAACCCUAAAUGUAAAUUGAUGCCGCAAGAUGUUGAGUUUAUUCAACCAAUUGGACAUCAGCCAGCUCGUAUCAUUCGCUUGUGUGUUACAAACUAUGCUGUUCGAUAUUUACAUGCAGCUAUGUUUUACCUUCAUCAACAACUUCUUGAAAAAUACAACACUCCAAGAUAUACAGUAGCUGAAGCAGAUUUUCAUUUCAAGGAUUUCUCAGCUUCAAAACCAUCAUCACUUACUGCAGAACCUAUUUGUUCUAAUGAUCUUUAUCUUUAUAACAGAAGAGAGACUACUGGCAAUGGAAUUGGUAUUGUUUACGUCACUCUUGUUGAUCAAAGCAACAACAAAGUGUUAGCUCAGCCUUACUAUCCAACUAUUAAUUACGAAUCUUCCACAACAGAAGAAUUUAACGCCAUCUUUAAUCAGAUUUCGGAAUUAAAAAAGUUUGAAGAUUUAAAUGAAGAUGAUAGUGGCAUGUGUCGCAAUAUUUUGAUUCAGUUUAAAAUAUGGGAACGUGGCAAUAUUGAGAUGGAUAACUUUGAAAAAGAUCUUCUAAACUGUGUAAAGCAUGCCCUAUGUGACGUGUUCUUGGAAUAUCAUUUGUUUUGUACACCAUUGUGUCAUAUUCCAAAACCACUACAAUCGUCAGUUCAUUCAUCACGACGAGAAUCUAUCGUACGUAGAUCAUCAUUUACUCACUUGCGACAAAGUGUACACUCCUCUGGAUCAAGUGCAGCUACCACACCUAAAUUGAUUAAACCACAUGCAAAUCUGAAAAAGUUUUUCUCUGAGCCCACAACGCCAAACGAUAUGCGCUCAGAAUCUCCAGGCAUAAAAGUAAAAGACGAUUUAAGCCUGGUUGCGGAAAGUCCAAAGAGUUUGCCAAGAGAGUAUAACACUUCUGUGGAGAUUAGCCCAGAAGAAAUUGAAAAAAGAAGAUACAGUUUGAUGGAGCAGAGAAGACAAAGUCCUGUUGUCGCAAAGAAAAAAACGUCGAGAGAGGAUAGUCCACUUAUGAGAAAGCGAUCUGCCAGUAGUCUUACGCCAAGCAAUCACUCAGAUGAAGCACAAUCAGAAUUAAAUAAACAACAGAAGACCAUCUCAAUGAGUGAAUUAAACCAGCUCAAACUUCCUGUUACCUCUUAUGUGAUGCUAACUGAUGCUGAAGUUCACGAAUCCUUUAAAGCAGUCACAGCAGAAACUGAUUCAGAGAAAAAACUUUCAACGACUUGGCAAGAGAUUGAAAUUCAACGAAGGUUAGAGCUUGAUAAUCGAAAGGAAAGAAGAAAACACGAACAUGGUAUAAAAGGCGAACUACAUGCGAAUUACCACGAAUGUGCCCCAACGAUAUUUGACAACUUGAUAAAAGAAGGUGGCCAGAGCAUGCACAAACAAGUAGGCUACCUCACACAACAAUAUCCGCUCGAGCUUGUCAUGAAAGAAUUUGUAAAAGAAAUGAAUGAUAAAUCUGGCGACAUUGUGCCAAAGGUUUACAAAUAUGUUAACAGAUGCGUGGAUGGUACCAAUGUACCUGCAUAUCCUAGGUUUCAGGAGAGAUCAGCUGUGAAGCCUGAACAAUCUGGUGAAUCAUCAAUGGACUCACUCACUAAGACACAUCCAUCGUUAAUACCAAAACAAGUAAAUAAGUUUGUUGUGGUUGGCCACAAUUCUCACAAAUGGUUGCUCAGUAUGGGUACAAACGAAGCAGAGCUAUCUGAUGGUGAAGAGGGAAAGUCAAUGCUGGAAGAUCAAUGCAAGCAAAAAUUUCGACCCCUCCAACUUCCAAAUCCUGGCAGCAGUCAUGAACGAAGACGAUUCCAAGAUGUUCAACCACCUUCUUGUAUUUCACACACGUUUGUACCUCGGCAGAAGUUUUUUAUGGCUGUCUUUGAACAGAAAAAGAUUACUUUCUACACAUACAACUACACAUCUGAUGUCACUGCUGCGUUGGACAAGCAGCUUCAACGAUUGUACGCAUGGCAUAAUGUUCGAUCACAUCUUCAUGCUUGCUUGCUGACACAAAAAUUGGGAUUAUUUCAUCAUAAACAUUUUGUGAGAGAUUGUCCUGGGAAGAACGAUCCAGAUGUUGCAAGUUUUGCUGUUUCAGCAAGUCGAAGUUACUUGGUGCCUUUGAUGAAAGAAGUUUCUCCUAAAUCAAAAGAGAAAAGCAAGCAGGAAAAUGAUUACCAACCCCCACCUGGAGUUAAAGUACCUACAUUUGAUGAAGUUUUUCGUGGGAUUUGCCCUGCAAAGACGUUACAUCAAGCACAGUAUUUUUCGUUAUGUGAUCUGGUGAAGAGACAAGCCUACCAAUACCAAGACGUGAAAAACAUAAAAUUACACAUUGCUCACCAAGAAGCCAGACUCAAGGAAAUAUUUGAUGGAUGGAAACAAGAAGGAGCUCACGUUCCAGUUUAUGAGGAACGACUACACCUGUUAAAGAAACAUUCUCGUUUUCUUCAUUAUUGCAACGCGCCAGUCAUGUUUAAGAUUGGUGACGAAAAAGAUGAUGACUCUGAUGAUGUCUUGAAGGCCGAAGAAGUAAAAGAAGCUGGGAACUCAUCUGAUGAAAGCGACAGCAGUCAAAUCAAAAGCAAGGGAGACUGGUACGAGGAGUUGAAAUGGACAUUGGUUCAACAGUAUAUACAAUAUCUUCAAACACUUGGGUUAUGUUUAGUACAGAUAGUUAACAAAAAUGCUGUUCGACCUCAACCAACUUCCAGAGGACGAAAUAGAUCAUUUCGUGUCCAUCGAACAUCAAAUCGAUCAUCUGAUGGUAAAGAUGUGAGAGAUUUGGUAGCACCUGAAGUACGCCCUGCAGUUUAUUACUUACAAAAGACUUCCGUUGGUGGUAUCAUUUUGAUGGAGGUUUUUUUCAGAAAAGAUUAUAUUUGCAUCAAGUUAUUAGCUUUCGAUACCGAUUCAUUACGUGAUUCGGGGGGGUUGGUCAGUGCAAAGGACCGGCGUCAUUUUGGUGAAGAUUGCAACAAGUUUAAAGAUUUGACGCAUUUACGUUCGUUUACUUACGACUUUCAUAUCCGACAAAUUCAAUAUCAUUUGUCGGGGAGACAUUCGGUUUUUCAAAAAGGUUAUCCUGUGCACCGAUUGAUGGAGAUAAUAAUGCAGGAGUAUCCGAAAUCUCCGAAAUUUUGUACUUGUGUUUUAGCCGACGGUGUCGUAAGUUUACCAUGUACUCCUGGAUUACUGCCCCGCACUGUUUUCAAGUAUUUAAUUAGUAACUCAAGCACAUACAAACUAUCCAAAAUAUGCGUUUCCAUGGAAACGAGAGAGGAUUUAGACUUAGUAGACCCAAACGAUUAUAUUCUAACGUUCAAUUAUAACACAGAAAAAAAGCCAAUACAAUUUCCAGAAGGCUGGCGUACACGUCGUGAUGCGACUGAAUAUGACGGCAAUGUUGCUGUUUAUUUUGUGGCGUCGGAAAAUAAUGACGUGAUUACGUUGCCGUUCUUUUUAAUUUUGGGCAGUAAGAAAGAGUUCUAUCCAAGACCUUACAUGCUUUCAAGUGUAAGCGCGUUGAAGAGACGUGAACGAACACAAUCUGGCAUGGAGAUAGCACCGCACGAAGGAGAAUAUGUCAAACAAAAGGUACGCGUACGGUUUAGUGGACCUUAUGAAUCUCAAGAAAGCAUCACUGUUUCCCAAGUUCAAAGUACCGGAAACUUAAAACGGUUGCCGUCAUGGUCGCUCGGUUUGUCGGAGGCAUGUCACAGUGGUGGCUCUCUCAGUUCAAUAAGAAGUUCUGAAUCUGACACAUGCCUACAAGGCGUGGCUAUUCGUAAUAGCAACUUCUUGUCCAGAUCACCUGGAAAACAUCCAUUUAAUGUUUCGCCUGACUUGCAUGUAUCAGGAUCUCCCGAUUCCGACAUCGUCGUUAGCGACAUGAUAACACGACGUACGACUUCUACAGCGUCAACGCAGGAAAAUUUUCUAGCAAAUGAGAUGAAAUUUCUGAAUGUUGAAAUAUGCGGUGUUCGUGAUCAGUUGAACAGUAAAGUGGGAUUGUGUUUGAGUAACUGCUGGAGAGAUUUGAUUUGGUUGGAGCUGUUGACGUUUGAUGAUGACGAACAAGCUCAAAAGAAGAAAAGCAGGAUGACAUUAGGUCCAGGAAUGGGUGUAUUCUCAUUCACUAAAUGUAUUGACGAUUGGAAAGUUGAGAAAUCGAUGCAUUUAUUACCUUCACUGUCGUCCAGUAAUAUUAAUUUUGCGCAGUUGAAGUUACUGUUAGGUUUGGUCACAUGCGUUGCUGUAAGUGAAAUUGACGAUAGAAUCUCAGAUGUUUACGCCUUUAUAAAACCCGGCACGCAACAUCACGUGGUUAAAGCGUUAAUGCUAAAGUUCGGUGCACUUUGUCGGCAAUUUAUUUCGGAUGACGGCGACUCCACGUAUUUGUGCAUUUUGAACCCGUAUUAUUUGGACAUGUUUUUUCUUGUGGAAACCAAUGAUACCAUGUGCCGAAUGGAGUUCUCUGUCGUGUUUCGUUCUCUUCCACGCAAAAGUCAAACACCGUUCGCAGAAUGUCUUGAGGAGAAUUUAAAGUUGCAUCAGAAGCAUACACGAAGUCAUGUCGAGUUUGUUUUGUCCUGUCUAUGUUUUUGUUUGUGGCAGCAAAUGCUACCAUCUUAAAUUUUUUUUUUGCACGCAGUAGUGUCUAUAUUCUUUUUAUCAGAAAGUUAUGAAAAUCGGCCAGCUUGAAUGUUUUCUAGCUAAAAGAUUCAUCGGCCAGCUUGAAUCUUUUAAGAAAAAGGAGAUCCAUGCUUGACUCGUUCACUUUCGCUGAUUUUGCGAAUGAACUCAAUUUUUUUAUUUACUUUAAGGACACUUCUAGCAAAAGUUUAUGUUUUAUGACAUGUCAUAUAAAACAAAAUCGCAAAUUUACGGAUAGUUCUCCACCUGAAGAAAUUUUUUUAAAUAUUUUUUUUCUCAGAUGUGUGUUUAGAAAAUGUUCAAAUGUAUCAUUAAAGUAAACAUGCUUUUUAAAAAAAGGUGUUUUAGAAAAAAUCAGUUAAUUUGGAUCAUUUUGUAAUUUUGUAGAAUUCCUGAAAUUCACGGGGGCGAUUUUAUUCUUUAAAAUUAUAUUCACGCAAACACAUCAUCUUCAAAUGACAGUGUGUAGGACGACGCGUUCUGCAGAUUACAACGUUAUAAGUUUUUUAUUAUCUUGGGCAUUUUUUAAAUUGACAUCAGAUAAACAAAUUUCCUGAUAGGGAGAAGGAUCCUCCCCACUGUACGAUAAAGAACACAUCAAGAGAAAAAUUUUGGUGGUUUUCUUUUUUUCAAAAAUGUUCCCAGAUACAAAGGACUUGUAAACCCGAUCAUGUUCUUACGUUCUUAUGUCCUGUUGGCUGUCGAAACUCUUACUUUGAUGUUAAAUAUGAUACUAGGGAGGUAAAUAAAGUGAGUGCUCCUCAUGUAUUUCACAAUGGGACUAAUUUUUAUAUGAAUAUAAUUUUCAUGUAUGACUGUAUUUUGUAAAAAAAAUUGUCAUUAGAUGACGUUUUGUCUUUCUAAGUAUUUUUUGGAUAUUUUUAAACCAGAAUAUAUAAAAUUACAAUGUUGUAAAAAUACUUUUCUAAAAAUAGAAAAUUUCUUUAUA